CCUUCCGGCUAUGCUCAGUUCCCUCCGGCCAGUCCCUCCUUGCGCGCCCAUUUCGAGCCCGAAUGUCAAGCUCGACUCUGGGGACCUGAGAAUCCCGCACAUAUUUUCCAGGACUACAUUCUUGGCUAUGCGGGCAGGAAUGGCGCAGCUGGAGGGUUACUAUUUCUCGGCAGCCCUGAGCUGUACCUUUUUAGUGUCCUGCCUCCUUUUCUCUGCUUUCAGCCGGGCGCUGCGAGAGCCCUACAUGGACGAGAUCUUCCACCUGCCGCAGGCACAGCGCUACUGUGAGGGCCAUUUCUCCCUCUCGCAGUGGGACCCCAUGAUUACUACAUUACCUGGCUUAUACCUGCUGUCAGUUGGAGUGGUCAAACCUGCGAGUUGGAUCUUUGGAUGGUCGGAACAUGUUGUCUGCUCCAUUGGAAUGCUCAGAUUUGUUAAUCUUCUUUUCAGUGUUGGCAACUUCUAUUUACUAUAUUUGCUUCUCCGCAAGGUGCAACCCAGGCAUAAGGCUGCCUCAAGUAUCCAGAGAAUCUUGUCAACAUUAACAUUAGCAGUAUUUCCCACACUCUAUUUUUUUAACUUCCUUUAUUAUACAGAAGCAGGAUCCAUGUUUUUUACUCUUUUUGCCUACUUGAUGUGUCUUUAUGGAAAUCAUAAAACUUCAGCCUUGCUUGGAUUUUGUGGCUUCAUGUUUCGUCAGACAAAUAUCAUCUGGACUAUCUUCUGCGCAGGAAAUGUCAUUGCACAAAAGUUGACUGAAGCUUGGAAAACCGAGCUACAAAAGAAGAAAGAAGAGAGGCUUCCCUCUAUUAAAGGACCAUUUUCAGAAUUCAGGAAAAUUCUUCAGUUCCUUUUGGCUUAUUCCAUGUCCUUUAAGAACUUGAGUAUGCUUUUCCUUUUGACUUGGCCCUACGUCCUUCUAAUGUUUCUGUUUUGUGCUUUUGUGGUAGUUAAUGGUGGAAUUGUUAUUGGUGACCGGAGUAGUCAUGAAGCCUGCCUACACUUUCCUCAGCUAUUCUACUUUUUCUCUUUUACUCUCUUUUUUUCCUUUCCUCACCUACUGUCUCUUAAGAAAAUCAGGUCUUUUCUUUGCUUAGUUUGGAAACGGAGAAUUCAGUUUUUUGUGAUUACUUUAGUCUCCAUAGUUUUAGUUUGGAAAUUUACUUAUGCUCAUAAAUACUUGCUAGCAGAUAAUAGACAUUAUACAUUCUAUGUGUGGAAAAGAGUUUUUCAAAGAUAUGAGAUUGUGAAAUAUUUGUUAGUUCCAGUUUAUAUAUUUGCCGGUUGGAGUAUCGCUGACUCAUUGAAAUCAAAGUCGAUAUUCUGGAAUUUAAUGUUUUUCAUAUGCUUAUUCACUGUUAUAGUACCUCAGAAACUGCUAGAAUUUCGUUACUUCAUUUUACCCUAUGUUAUUUAUAGGCUUAACAUACCUCUGCCACCUACAUCCAGACUUGUUUGUGAGCUGGGUUGCUAUGCAGUCGUGAAUUUCCUAACUUUUUAUAUCUUUCUGAAUAAGACUUUUCAGUGGCCGAAUAGUCAGGACAUUCAGAGGUUUAUGUGGUAAUAUCAGAAAUAUCUUGAACUCUAAAAAUAGACUUAUUAUUUAGACUAUUUCCGUAAUGAAAACUAAGUAGAAAUUUUGAAAUUUCUUUUAGGCACCAUGGUGAUCCGCAGAUCACAUCAGAUUUUUUGUGCUUUAAAUAUCAGAAAUAUGUAUUUUAAAUAUAUA